AUGGGUGAUCUAAAUUUUGUGUUGCAUGAUCAUGAAAACUUUAGUCAACAUGCUAUAAAUUCUUAUGAGGCUAACAUCUUUCUACAAAAGUUGGAAGAAGCUAAUCUCACUGAUUUUGGAUGUACUGAAUGUCCAUUCACUUGGACUAAUAGAAGAGUGGGUCCUCAGCUUACUGAACAAAGGUUAGACAGAGGUUUAGCUAAUGAAGAAUGGCUUGAUAAACACCCAAACUCUACCAUAUCCAACCUACCAGCUAUUGGUUCUAAUCAUAACCCCAUCUUUCUCAAUACCAAUCCCAAUUGGGAGCAGGGCCAUAUUCCCUUCAAGUUCUUUGGCCCUUGGAUAGACCACAAAGAUUGUAAAGACAUCAUAGAUGGAUGCUGGAGGACAAAUCAUAAAGGCUCACUUGUUAUCAAGAUUGCUAGGAAGUUAAGGGACAUUAAGAUCAAACUCAAGAAACGGAAUAAGGAAGUUUAUGGUAACAUCAAGACCAAUCUUGAGGAAAGUCUACAACACUUGGAUUGGAUUACAAAAAAUCAGUUCACUAUAAAUAGAGGACAUGAAAUCAGAGAGGCUAAAAAGAUGGUUGGACACUGGCAGAAUGUGCAAGAAUGUUUUUGCAAGACCAAAAGUAGAGAUCAGCUCAUCAAGCUUGGGGACAAAAAUACCAGUUUUCUUCUCAUGUCUCUGCAAAAAAAAAAAGAUACAAAAGAAAUGAAAUUGUCUCAAUCCAAAAGAUGA